ACACCGUACUUUUCCUUCCCAUUCCCCGGACCUCCUAUUCCCUCUCCUUCUCCUCCUCCUCUGAACUGGCUGGCGGGGAAGUGACCGUGGAGGGAGGCAGGGAGGGAGAGAGGAGGCGUGGUGGUGCCGAGAGAGGGAGAGAGAGAGAGGCAGGCAGAGCCCCUCCCCUCUCUGACUCAGACUCAGUAGCCAGUUUCCCCGCAACUGUCCGGCUGUCUGAAGCUGACUCCACGCUCCUCCCUUGCCGCCGCCGCCGCCGCCGCCCCUUGCCGCCCUGUCUCCGUCGCCGCCCCUGGCAAGGCCGCCCCCGCCCCCCUGGCCCUCCGCCGCCGCCCCUGCUCGCGCCAAACACGUCGCGGCGGAAUUUAUAAGCCGGUGUUUGUAAAUUGAGGAGAGUUGAAGUUUCCCGGACCUCGCUUGAAGGAGCUGGCGCCGGGCUGACGUCUCUCCCCUCUCUCCCUUCUCUCCUCUCUUUCUCCUGUUGUCUCCUUCUUCUCUCCUCCUGUUUCGUCUUCUUCCUCUUCCUCCUCCUCCCGUUGUCGCUCCUCCGCCGUGAGUUCCCGGUACCCGAGCGUGUGGCGUCGCGGAACUGCCCAAGACGGAUCACCACUUCGCUUCUUCACCGCCUUCGCCGCCGCCGUCAAGUUCCCGCCGCAGCCCCUCACGCCGCAGGGACCCACUCCUCCACCUCAGUCCAGAACUGAAAUUGGAGGCAUGUGACAAUUAGAGAACCAGGAAAUGAAGAAGAAACCAGCCCAACCCAACUUAAACUAGCCCAACGAACCUCUCUCCAGCCCAACGAGCCAAAAAGAAUUUAACUCCAUAUCAAAGGAUUUUAAGAGGGUUUACGAACACCCUAGCCUCGUUUAGAACCUCAAAAAGCCCUUUACAAGCCUUCACAACAUAUCAGGAGGGCGAGAAACCUUUAAUAUGUGGAAGGAAAAGCAUUGAAACCUGAGUGAGAGAGUUUAGAGGAAGUGAAGGUGAGACAAAGGGAUGUAAUGCUAUCUAGUGAAGAGAAAACAAAUGAGCAACGCUAACGCCAUCUAGGGAGCAAAAUCAGACCUAUACAAAGGGAGAGACGAACCUGAAACGACAUUUAGUGAGCGAAAACCCAAAUAAACAAAGCGAACGACAUCUAGUGAGAAAGAAAGCAACUAAACACGAGACCAGCGACAUCUAGUGACGCAAACACAACGUAAACAAAGGAAGGGACGGGGCAAAAACGACAUCUAGUGAGCGAAAACCCAAAUAAACACAGCGAACGCCAUCUAGUGAGAAAGAAAGCAACUAAACACGAAACCAGCGACAUCUAGUGACCUAAACCCAACGUAAACAAAGGAAGGAACGGGGCAGAAACGACAUCUAGUGAGUAAAAACCCAAAAUAAGGAACGUAAACAGCAUCCAGUGUAGAAAAUAAUCAUCAAAAACAAAGUCGACGCCAUCUAGUGAGGGAAAAAGGAAAUAAACACAACGCCAACGCCAUCUAGUGACCAUAAAACACAACUAAACAAAGACAAUGAAAAGUGAAACGAUGCCGAACCUCACAAGACAAACUGGUGACAUCUGCAUCAGCUUGACCCCCUCCUCCUCCUCCUCCUCCUCCUCCUCCUCACCAAGCCCAACCAGAGGGGGUGAAAUGGGGUCACACGAGGCGGUCUUGGGGUCAAAGGUCAUGCACUGCCGCUCCCGCCGCCGCCCCCCGCGCCCUGACCAGCCGACCCCACGCCUGCCCUGGGUCACACGCCUCGCCCUGGUGACCCUGGCGUGUGUGAUGGCGCCCACCCACGCCACGGACGCAGGCCCCACCCUUGAGGAGUCGCUUCCCCACUUCCUGGAGCCCAUCCCCAACAAGACGGUGGUGCUGGGGCGGGACGUAAUCCUCCCUUGCUCCGUGGACAAUCUCAAGGGCUUCAAGCAUCCUUCUCCCUCUCAACAGGUCGCAUGGAUCUUCGUGGAGACGCAGACGAUCCUCACCAUCCACCACACCAUCAUCACGAAGAACCCUCGCUUCUCGCUGGCCCGGAAUGACCACAAACACUGGUACCUCAAGAUCUCCGACGUGAGGCCCAGCGACCGCGGGCUGUACAUGUGCCAGGUGAACUCCGACCCCAUGAUGAGCCAAGUGGGCUUCCUCGACGUGCAAGUGCCCCCGGACAUCAUCGACGAGGAGAGCAGCUCGGAGGUGGUGGUGAAGGAGGGCCAGGACGUGACGCUUGAGUGCCGGGCGCGCGGGUCCCCGAAGCCCGUGAUAUCGUGGAAGCGAGAGGACGGCGGGAAGAUCGACGUGAGCAAUGGAAUCAACUUGAAGGUGACGGACUCAGAGGUGUUGCAUAUUCCCACCGUGUCCCGUCUGCACAUGGGGGCCUACCUCUGCAUCGCCUCCAACGACGUGCCGCCCUCCGUGUCCAAGCGCAUACUACUGAAGGUCCAGUUCCAGCCAGUGUUGUGGAUCCCGAAUCAGCUGGUGGGCGUGGCGCGCGGCAUGGAUGUGACGCUGGAAUGCCACACGGAGGCCUUCCCGCGCUCCAUAAACUACUGGACAGACGAGAAGGGCCAGAUGAUCCUCUCCAGCGGGCGCUUUGAUACCAUCGUGGCGGAGAACGGCUACAAGGCUUACAUGCGACUCAAGAUCAAGAACAUUCAGGCGGAGGACUUCAUGUCAUACGGCUGCUACGCCAAAAACUCCUUCGGCGAGACCAACGGAAACGUGAAGGUGUACGAAAUCCCUCGUCAGCUGCUGGUCAACUACCCCGAGCCGAAGGAGCCGGAGGAGGAGGAGGAGGAGGCGGAGGAGCGGGAGGGAGAGGAGAGGAGGAGCCACACGGAGGAGGGAGAGGAGGGGGAGGAGAGGCACAAGGACACAAGAGGGGAACCGAAGAGAGAAAACCAUACGAGAACUUUUGGACGUAAGGGGGGAGGCGACGGACGGAGCGACAGACGGAGGGGAGGAGGAGGAGGACAGGACGACCCACGACACGACAACGACGACCACGACGACGAAGACGAAGACGAAGACUACAUCGUGUCCACCAUGACGCCGGACGGGGUGAUAGAAUUUGACGUACAGAGACUCUUGGGCAAAAACAAGAGGAAAAAAGCUAACGCAGAGGGGAAGGAGGCGAAGAAGAACACAGGCCUACGCUACGGCUCCCCCUCCCUCGGGCUCUUCCCUUCAUCCGCCUCCACACACCACCCGCCUCCCCUCCUCCCCCUCCUCUUCCUACUCCUCCCCUUCUUGUGGUGGGGGAUGGAGGUGUGACGUGAGAGGAACUAUGAACAAUUCCCCAUAUUUGUGAUACAGUGAACUCCCCUCUCCCCUCCCUUCUCCCCUUCCCCUCAUCAUACCUUUCUCCCCUCCCCACCUCCUUGCCCUCCCUCAUUACCCAAGGCUUUGUUACCCAUUCAAGAGGGUUGGUAAGGGGUGAAAAAGGCUGGGGAGGGGAGAAUAAGGGAUAUGGGAAGAGGUGAUUGCUCCCCAUCUCCCCUCUCCCUCUCUCUCUCGUUGAUGUCGCGAGCUCUCAACCCUGCCGUGUGUUGAAGCCAGAUAUGAUAGACUUUAUUAUAUGUCUGUAAAAAGCUGUUUGUUUACGUGUGUGUGUGUGUGUGUGUGUGUGUGUGUGUGUGUGUGUGUGUGUGUGUGUGUGUUCCGAUGUAAUAGUAUUUUUUAAAGAUUUUUUUCAGUAGUUUUUGGGGUAUAUUUGACAAGCUGUGAAUAUAUAUCGCACCCAUUUUGUUUUCCUUAAGAUAGAUUAAUAUUUUUUGUCUAUUUAGAGUUAGUUAUAUUAAAGAGUCCAAUGAUAUAUUUUUAAGCACUGUAUUUUGCCUUAUAUUCUUCUUUUUUUUUUUAGAAGAUAUAUUUGUUUUCCUUACUUUUUCGUUGUUAUCAUCAUUAUUAUCGUACGGCUUACAACUUUUGCUUCCUUCCUUUCUUUUCCUAUUUUUUCUCUUCCAUAUUUUUCGUUUUCUUUGUCACACAAUAUCUUUUUCCGAUCCUUUUGGCUUCCUUCCCUUCCUAUACAUACUAUUUCUUGCACUGGCUCGUUUAUAUGCUCUCUCUCUCUCUCUCUCUCUCUCUCUCUCUCUCUCUCUCUCUCUCUCUGUUCUUUCCACUUUUUCCUUCAUUGUUUUCCGUUCUUGUUUUUCUCUUCAUUUUUUUCUUGUACUUUUCAUCCAAUUUCCAUUUUUUUUUCUUUUCUGCUAUUUCCGUUUCCUCCAAUUUUCUAUUAUUUCUUUUCUUCAUAUUUUUCUUUUUUUAUAUAUUUUUGUUGUAGGAUAUUGAGCUGUGUGUGUGUGUGUGUGUGUGUGUGUGUGUGUGUGUGUGUGUGUGUUUUAUCUGUUAUGUAUAAAAAAAUAAUAUAUAGUGCCCUUGUCCACCACAAACUCCCAUUCUAUGUACGUAGUCACACACACACACACACACACACACAGUCCCAGUAUCUCGUUGUGGUGUGUCAGUGUUAUAAUAAAUUUCGAAACAUCAUACAAGAGGUCCGGAUAAGAGAAGGAUUCGGAUAAAAGAGAUUCGGAUAAACGAGAAGUCCGGAUAAGCGAGGGAUUCGGAUUAGCGAGAGGUUCGGUUAAGAAGACAGUCGUAACUUUGCUGUGAUAAUAAAAGAGUUCCGGAUCUGUUCUUUGCGAGAAUAUAUAUAUAAAAAAAAAAUAAUAGUCGAAUUAUUUAAGGAAGAAUUCGGAAAGUUUUGAAAAUGAAAAAAAAAGUGGUGAAACGGAGAUGAGAGAAGACGAGAAAUGAGAAAAGAAUGAGAAAAGAAUGAGAAGAAUGAGAACAGAAUGAAAAGAAUGAGAAAAGAAUGAGAAGAGAAUGAGAAGAAUGAGAACAGAAUGAAAAGAAUGAAAAAAGAAUGAGCAGAGAAUGAGAAAAGAAUGAGAAGAAUGAGAAGAAUGAGAAAAGAAUGAAAAGAAUGAGAAAAAAAUGAAAAGAAUGAAAAAAGAAUGAGAAGAGAAUGAGAAGAAUGAGAAGAAUGAGAAAAGAAUGAAAAGAAUGAGAAAAGAAUGAAAAGAAUAAGAAAAGAAUGAGAAAAAUGAGAAAAGAAUGAGAAAAGAAAGAAAAGAAUGAGAAGAAUAUGAAGAAUAAGAAAAGAAUGAGAAAAGAAUGAGAAGAAUGAGAAAAGAAUGAGAAGAAUGAGAAAAGAAGGAGAAUAAUGAGAAAAGAAUGAGAAGAAUGAGAAAGGAAUGAGAAGAAUGAGAAUAAUGAGAAAAGAAUGAGAAGAAUGAGAAAAGAAUGAGAAAAGAAUGAGAAGAAUGAGAAGAAUGAGAAAAGAAUGAGAAGAAUGAGAAAAGAAUAAGAAUGAGAAAAGAAUGAGAAGAAUGAGAAAAGAAUGAGAAGAAUGAAAGAAUGAGAAAAGAAUGAGAAGAAUGAGAAAAGAAUGAGAAGAAUGAGAAAAGAAUGAGAAGAAUGAAAAGAAUGAGAAAAGAAUGAGAAGAAUGAGAAAAGAAUGAGAAGAAUGAGAAAAGAAUGAGAAGAAUGAGAAGAAUGAGAAAAGAAUGAGAAGAAUGAGAAAAGAAUGAGAAAUGAUUGAGAAAAGAAUGAGAAAUGAGAAAAGAAAUGAGAAAAGAAAAAAAAACGAAAAUGUAAUUAGAUAUAUUUUAACACAAAGAAACAGAAGUGCCGUGGAAAAUGAAAUAUAAAAAAAAUGAAGAAAGUGAAGUGAAGAAGACAACAAAGAAAGUGGUGAUAUUUGAUAAGACAAGAUAUAUUUAAAGUGAAGAAAUAAUAUUAACAGAUAAAGGAGUUCACGAAUACGACAAAUAACAAAACAGUGAAAGAAAAAGAAAAAAAAAAUUAAGUUUGGAAGAGAAAGAUAGAGAAGAAAAUACUAAAGAAUAUAUACAUUAGAAAGCUAGUGAAGAAAAUGUAAUAAUAUCAAUAAUAGGCAAAUAAGUUCAGAAAUACGAUAAAUAAUAAAAUAAAGUGAGGCGAAAAGAAAGGAAAGAAAAAGAAAAAAAUAUAUCAAUGUUUAUGUAUACGAUUAACACAAACAUCCGGAACUUGUGCUGGUAACCGGACGUCGGAUUCGGAUACGGAUAAGCGAGUAACGUGAAGUGAAGGCGUGUGUGUGUGUGUGUGUGUGUGUGUGUGUGUGUGUGUGUGUGUAUGUGUGUGUGUGCGUGUGUGUGUACGUAUAUCUGUGUGUACAUAAACUUAACUCUACGUCUAUUGCUGUUCUUUUACGUACACACACAAACAUAAAAAAAAGAAAAAAAAUAUAUAUGAAAAACUUGCUUCCAUUGCUAGGUCGCCUUUGUCUAUAUAAAACAAAUAUAAAUCAGUGUUGCCACCUAAAAAUAAUAACCAUAACAAGAAAAAAAGGUGUUUAAACUGUGUCAACUUGGUAACAGUGUGUGUGUGUGUGUGUGUGUGUGUGUGUGUGUGUGUGUGUGUGUGUGUGUGUGUGUGUGUGUGUGUGUGUGUGAUAAAAUAACGAUAGCUUGGUGGUGUUGAAACCUUAGUGGGAAGGAAAAGAAAAUUAAUAAGAUUGUAUAAAAAAAAGAUAGACAAGACAUCAAUUCGUAUCUUACAUAAACAUCUGAUAGUCAACACACACACACACACACACACACACACACACACACACACACACACGCACACGUAA